AUGCAUCUAGAUAACCAGAAGAAUUUGAAUACAGUAAAUGAUAACCUAAAAAUUGAUAAAACUAAUUGGUUGAAAUUUAUUUUCCUACCCAGUUUGUUCAACCUAUGUGACAUCCCACACGGAGUGACAUCCCACACAAAGCUCCUCUUUCGUGGCAAAGCUCAAAAACCAAGUCAGCUCGCUGAAGCAGUUGUGGUUCGAAGAUGGAGUGCACCGGCCAUAGUCGAUCGUGUUCUUAAGUACAUCCCGGAUCUCGAAAACGAGAUAGAAACACUUAAGCUCAAGAAACAAAACUAUAUAACUCAAUCAGAAGAGAGUGCUGAAAUUAGUCCUGCUCAGAAUUCACAGCAAAUAACUGGCAGUGGCACUACAGUUUCUGUAAAUGAAGUUAAAGAGGGAGAAGCUAUCAUUCAAAUUUGCAUGGAAAAUAAUAAUGCAUUUACAAAAUUGCUGCAGAAAUUGGAAGACGAGCAAGGCAUUUGCAUCAAAAGUGCAUCUACUCUUCAUGUCUCUCAAACUAGAUUCUGCUAUCAUCUACACAUUCAGACAAGUGAAAAUUCAAUUCUGGCAAACUAUGUUGAAGGAUUGAGAGAGAAGGUAAUUUCUUGGUUGAGAUGAUUGAAAGGCAUCAAUAUUAUUAAUAUUGUUGUUACAGAUUUUUAUGUAAAUAAAGUCUUUGAUAAAGUAGCUCAAAAUAGUUGCAAACUUAAAGCAACAGCAAACAUAGAGAAUUAUGAAGUAACUAGGCUAUGCCCCGUUUGGCCCCCAUUCUUGUCAAAUUUUAAUGGUUGGAAUAGUGUUUUUUUGAAUAAUGU